CUUUUGAGGAGGAGGAAGGAGACAAUGGUGCCCUGGCUAGAAACAGAAGAGGGUCAGUCGAACUAUAUGAAACUACUUAGGAAAAACGAGGGAUUCGAUGGCACUAAUGUUCUACUACCAUGCAGCCGUUUUAGACUAAGGGCAAACAUAUGUAAUGAUCCCUAUUCUCCUUGUCCUGCCCUAGUCACCCUCUAUGCUAGGAUGGCCAUUCAUCGUUUCAAUUUGCUCGAGGGGAAAAACUUAGAGUUCAUUCGCGUAGCCAAGUACAACAAAUCCUUAGGUUCUCGUGCAGUUUCCGAUUACUACUUAUCUGUGGAUGCCAAGGAUCCAUCUAUCAAUUGGGUUCAAACUUUUCAGACUACAGUUUCUGAACAUAAUUUUGGCAAAUUGAUUUUGACGUGCAAUUUUGAUAGGCCUCAUGGGGAAACCAAGACAAGCGACAUAUGUGAGAUCAAGAGAAGCGGUCCUGAAAGAGUGGUGGAUUACCAUUUAGUCUCUGAUUACAUGCCUAAGUUACUGCCACAGAAUCCUUUCCAAAAUACAGAGCAGCGGUUUUACGUGCUGAAGAAAUCAGAGGUGCAAGACAAUGACUGGAUUCGUCUUUAUGUGGAACUUGCAGUCGCCACAACUAAGAGGAACUCUAUGGAUAUUCCUGAUCUAUCGAAUUUGGAGAUUCUGGAAGUGGCUGUAGAAUCCAUUCAAGACUGGCCAAGUGUGGGACUUGGCAAUGUCUUUUGUGACGCAAUUUUCUACAUAAGGUACAAGGACGGGUGCAAUGUUGAUCGCAAUGUUGAUCGCAUUGCUAUGGUCAGAAGAAUCUGCGAUGAGCGCAAGGGAUGCUUGAGUCUCUUGGGUCGGAUAAAGAGAAAAAAGGAUACGAAGCUGAGUCAGAGCUCAGAAACUGUUUUAGUCAAAAAGGCUAAGAAUCUGCGGUUAUCUAGUCCGAGGCGGACGCAACGCAGACCAAAACCGUUGCCUUGCCUUGGCUCAGCUCGUCCUCUGCACAAGACUCAAUUCCAUUUGAAUAUCCAUCGAUGGUCGACUAACUAACUUAUUUUGGUGCUAAGUUGAUAAUGUGGAGUUUAACCGUUUUCUGCUUGAAUAACAUAAACUAUGGUAAGUGUAAGCUCAGACGUCUCGGGGAUUCAAUUCUAGUUUUUUUUUUUUUCUCGUCAACUUAUAUCAUGAACAAUCCA